UACGGAUUAUCAACAAGCUUUAAAAAAAUAUAAAAAUAUAAAAAAAAUGCAACGACUAACAUAUCGUCGUAGAUUAUCUUAUAACACUCUUUCGAAUAAAGUCCGUGUGAUUAGAACACCAGGAAAUAAAUUAAGAUAUUUAUAUGUGAAAAAGAAAGGAAAAUCUCCACGUUGUGGUGACUGUUAUCAUGCUUUACAAGGAGUUCCUGCUGCUAGACCUCGUGUUUAUUCUCGUUUAUCAAAAACUAAAAAAUCAGUAUCAAGAUCAUAUGGUGGUUCACGUUGUUCUAGAUGUGUUAGAGAUCGAAUUAUGCGUGCAUUUCUUAUUGAAGAACAAAAAAUUGUAAAAAGAGUAUUAAAAACACAGAUUCGACUUAAAAAAUAAAUUUCCAAUAAUUUUCUAUAUCUAUCAAUAUAUAUAUAUAUUAAUA